ACGCCGCCUGUACGCGAAAAUAUAUACACCAUACCAAACUUGUUGACAGUUUCUCGGAUACUUUCAUGCCCUGUCCUCGGUUGGUCCAUACUGCAUGACGAUUUCUUCCUCGCUACCGGGUUGCUGGUAUAUGCUGGGUUGUCUGACUUAGCCGAUGGGUAUCUGGCAAGACGCUUCGGCAUGCAUUCAGUUCUUGGGACCAUCCUUGACCCUGCUGCGGACAAAACUCUCAUGACCACCCUCACGGUGACGUUGGCUAUGAAGGGGUUGCUUCCCGUCUCGCUAGCCUCAAUAAUUAUUGGGCGUGACGUGUUGCUCAGUCUUUCUGCCUUUUACAUCCGUUAUACCUCACUACCCGCGCCAAAAACCUUCGCUCGAUAUUGGGACUUUUCUAUACCAUCUGCUGAAGUACGGCCUACCACAAUCAGCAAGUACAAUACCUUUGCUCAACUCGCGUUGAUGUGCGGUACAACCGUCACCCCCAUCCUGCCCGCACACUAUAGCCUGUUUGUACCCGAAAUGCAAAUUUUGGUGGCUGUGACAACGGUUUGGAGUGGGUUGUCCUACGUCUUUUCCAAAGAUGCUGUGCGAAUAGUCUCGGAG